AUGGGUCUUUCUCUACCAGGAUUCCUCCUCUUGCUUGGUCUUUUCACAGGGACAGGGGUUUCCGGACAGGACCCAGACCUUGUGACGGUAACUGGGACCCUAGGGGGGUCUGUCACUCUGCCUCUGCAGCUACAGGCUGGACAGCCGGUGGAGAGCAUCUCUUGGAUGUCCCGUUCCUCCUCCAUGGCCAUAGCCACCGUAACCUUGGCAGAAGCAGGAGGGCCAGACACCUUCCACCAGGCAGACACCCGGUACUGGGGUCGUGUGAGUGUGGUGGGGCCAGGCUACUCGCUUCGGAUCGGCAACCUGAGCUGGAACGACGCGGGGCCCUACCGAGCCCACGUGAACCUGAGGGGCUCCCGCAUCACCCACACCCGGGAGUACCGACUGCAAGUGCACGAGCAGCUGGCCCAGCCCCAUGUCACCCUGAGCUCCAGGGUCGGCGAGAAUGGACACUGUAUCUUCAUCCUGACGUGUGUGGCCGACAGCAGAAGAGGCUCUGUGACCUACAGCUGGCUACCUCUGGGACCCCGGACGGUUGUGUCCCAUGGAGGGUCUGUCCUCAGUGUUUCCUCAGGGCCCGGGGACAGGUCUCUGACCUUCACCUGUAUGGUCAAGAACCCAGUCAGUAACAGCAGCUCCCUCCCCGUCUCAGUGCCGUCCUCAUGUCCAGGGCCCGAAAUCCUGGCAGGGGUGACCGUGGGGGAGACAGUGACCGGUCUCCUCGGGGACUUGGCCAUUUUGCCCCUGGAGUUCCUGGCUGGGCAGGAAGUGGAAAGGGUCACCUGGAGCUCUGGAGGGCUUGCUGCCGUUAUGCAACGAGGACCAGGAGGCCAGCCCGUCCUGGCUGCCGGGACUCAGGGACUGAGCAGCAGACGGUGGCAUGCCCUCCGCGACAGCUACUCUCUUCAGAUCGGGCCCCUGACGCUGCAGGACUCCGGCCUCUACAGAGCCUUGAUCACCCUGCAGAGUCCCCCGAUCAACAUCACCAGGGAUUUCACCCUGCAUGUCUAUGAGAAGCUACAGGAGCCCAAUAUCACUGUCAGCUCCCAGAUCAUGAAGGAUGGGGCCUGCUACUUCACUCUGAUCUGCUCCCUGCAACGGUCUGGAGAGGACGUUCAGUACAGAUGGGCACCCCUCGGCCAGGGGGCAGUUAUGUCCCACGGAGGAACCACUCUCCACGUCUCCUGGAGACCGGGGGCCAGUGACAGCUAUCACUGCACUGCCAGCAACCCGGUGAGCCAGAGAUCCAGCUUCAUCCCCGCAGGGCCACUCUGCUCAGCCUCCUUCCUACUCUGCUCCUGGAAGAAGGAAUUUCUUCUCAUUUUGAUCCUGGGAGCUUUGCAGAUUGAGUAGAUUGACUCUGACAAGGGGAGAAGCCAAGAGGACUGUGGGAAGGUGUCACCCUGUGAUACACAGAGAUAAAGAAUUCUGUCCCUGAAGCGUCACCUGCCACCAUCUCCUGGCGAGAGAGAAAUCAGUCCCUGUUAAUACAUAAAACCUAUUUCAUUUACAUACAGUUCAAAAUUGCCAAGAAACUGCUACGUAUCUUCUGUUUAAAAUAACCUGAUUAUGUUUUAUUUAAUCACCUUUUAGAGUGUUCAGACAGAAAAGAGGACUUAUUCAUUUAUCCAUUUAAGAAAAGUUGCAUGUUUGUGGGGCGC